UUGAUCAUCGAGCUGCCACAACCGCUGAACUGGGCAGUGAUCGCUCGGGUUCUUCUGUUGGCUUAUCACAACGUAUUGCGUGUGUGGAUGUUUUGAUAGAAGGCGCGUAUCUAAGCAUCUCUUGAGUUUAUGUUCUGCACAUCAAACUGCGCAACUGUCAAGACAACGUUCUGAAGAUUAAAAGCAGACAUUUUUGACGACAUGGAUUCCGCGAAUCAAGAUAUCAAUUUGAACUCUCCACAUAAAGGCCUGGGCUCUGACUCUCUCUCAGAUAUGCCCGAGGAGAGAGGAGCUGUGGCUGUGAGUCCAGUGACUCUUCCUCCUGGAUUAACAGAGGAGGAGGCAGAGGAACUAAGGUUGGAGCUCACCAAGGUGGAGGAGGAGAUCUACACCUUGCGUCAGGUGCUGUCGGCUAAAGAGCGUCACGCUGCCGAGUUGAAGCGCAAACUGGGUCUCAGCCCCCUGAGCGAGCUCAAACAGAACAUCACGAAAAGCUGGCAGGACGUCCAGACCUCAAACGCAUAUCUUUCAGCUUCCUCUACUCUGGAUGACAUUGCCAACUCUGAAGUGUAUAAAAAAACUCAGGAAACAUUCUCGCAGGCUGGACAGAAAACCUCCGCCGCCUUCUCCACCGUGGGCACAGCUAUUAGCAGGAAACUGGGUGACAUGAGAGCUCUUCCUUUUUCUAACUCCUUUGGUAGCAACUACUCCAUUCGCCAUUCAAUAAGUAUGCCCGCUAUGAGGAACUCGCCAACUUUCAAGUCUUUUGAGGAUAGAGUGGAAAACCUCAAGUAUAAAGUGGUUGGAGGGAACGCCAACGGUGAAAGCGCCCACUCUCCGAAUGACUCGAACCCAGUCCAGGACAACGCUCCGUUCUGAGAGCCGACCGUCUUAAACACUCAUCUCAUUACUUUAUGAAUCCUGAAUACACACAUGCUUCAGUUAUCCCAGAACUCACCCUUUCUCUCUGAAUUCUGUUGUCCCCCUCUUUCUGACUCCUUCGAUACCCCUCCAUCUACUGCUAGCAUGUGCUUGUCUCAUCUCGCCAUUAAAACACUGUGCAGAUUCUGUGACACAAAAUCAUCACAGGUUGCACAAAAAGGAGAAAAAUGUUAAAUCAUUUUGUAUUAGAAACUAUUUUACACUGCUUUGCAUAAUGUUUUUACAUAACUUUUAUCUAUAUAUGAAUGUAAAGGAAUAUAAAUGACUAUAUUUAAACAGUACUGCCAAGAACCAUUUAUCAGAUGGUAGAGGGGUUAAAAACAGGAAAUAUGAAACAUUCAAAUCUGAAGGGGGAAGAAAAUCUGACAAAUAAAAGCACCGUGGUGCAGGUUUCUAUGCUGCUGCGCAUCCAUGGAGUUAUUUUUACUCUCCAUACAACAUGAAGCGAUGCUUUGCUGUACACUCGGUGAAUGUCUGACCUCUCAGUCGGCCUUACACUCCGUAUUCUCACUCUUUAUUGGCUUUAUUUGUUUCUUUUUGGAAUUUCUUGUUGUUCAGAUAAAUAUUUGCAUUGAUGGCUUUGUUUUAUUUAUGCUACAUUUAAGUCAGAAGUUUGUUUUGUUUGCUUUGCACCAUGUUGUGUACAAUAUGCCAGUUAGCAGAUGUCAUUGACCUUUUGCUGUCUCUCUCAAACAAACUAACGCAACUCAAGUUUAACUUUUUCAACAACAAAAAAUAUAUAUGUAUCUUGCUCUCAUGUGCACUAACCCGAAAAUGUUUAACAAACCGUUUGUUUAUUUUUCAGACAGAGGUAAACACUAGUGUAGUCUUGUAUGGUAGCACGGUCACUUUUUACCUAGAAAGAUAUUGGAAAAUAUUUCACUUGGCGUAUGUAGUCCAAUUUUUGCCUUUUAUAUACUUUAUUGUUGAGUUGAGUUAUAUGUGUCAAAGGUUGCUCUUGGUUCGGUAUCAUACACAAAAAGGAUUAUUUGCUAGAUUUGGUGAGACGUAAGAGAUAUGACUGAUUUACAUUUGACUGCCAAUGUUAUGGCUGAUAUGACUUUCUAUUGGAAUUCAUUUGUUAUGCCAUAAAAUGUAAAGCCCUUUAGUUCUGCCAACAUUGAAAAGAUAAGGUAACAAAUGAGAGAAAAGACAUUUUCAUGGGGCAGGUUGUUGUCUUGGGGAUAAGCACCAUAUAGCUUUAAGUUAGUUGCCUUAAGUAGCUAGCUGUUAUGAAUGGAAAGCUUUGAUUUGGUUCUUUUAAAACAGCAUAGUGUGAGAGUUAUUGUUUUAUUUUUCAGUUGUUUGUAUCAAUAAAGCAUUCCUUCAAAUUUUG